ACGAUGAUCCAGAUCCGUUUGAAAAGCGUUUUGCCUGAAUUUAUUGUGUCUAGUGCACAGCCUGUACACUAUCGGCUUAAAGGCUACUUGCGAGAGGUAGUCGCCUCCCUUCGAAUAUUAAAAGCUCGGUUUUCCCUUCAGUACCUCAGCACAGUAACAAGAAAGAAACUUUACAAGGAUUUAGUUGAAGUUAUGAUGCCAGUGCCAUUGUACCGAAUGAAAUACUAUGGAGGCCCAGGACAAGAUGUUUUAAAAAGAGUUAAAAGGAUGCCAGUGAGAGCAAGCGUAAAGUCGUUCUUCUUUAAAUUGCAUACAUCUACCCUUCCGGUCAAAACAUGGAUAGCCGACAAAGGAAUAUUUGUACCAUGGACGACAAACUGUGCGCUAUGUAACAAGCCGGAGACCAUUGAGCACACUUUCAUUGAGUGCUGGGAUGCAAUGUUUUAUUGGGACGUCUUGCAAAGAACUCUUAAAAAGGAACUGCCGAUAACAGCACAGGGUAUACGGUUCCUGCCGGUAGACAGCCAUCAGGGCUUUCCGUACGACAUGAUAAUGCUCCUGGGCCUCCAUAGUCUUUGGAAGACACGGAUGGCGGUAACGCACGCCGAUGUGAAUGCGCGCUCAGCACGAGAAAAUUUUGUUGAAAGCAUUAUUUUCAUACGUGAGAUAUAUCGUGUACAGGCAGAUCCGCCUGACUGGUUGGGUAUUCUUGAUGAAUUAGUGAAUUUCAAGAAAUUUUAGCUUGUCAUGUUGGUCCAAGUAGGCCAACGUGU